AAACAAGUUGAUGGGAAACAACCUUCUCUGGAAUUGAUGUAUACGGAGACACAUAAGAGAACUUCUGGUAGAAAGUACAAGACGCCUGAAAUAAAUGAUGAACUUUCCGACUCUAUUAGCAAUGGACUUCUCGGUAGGUGUAGCAAGAGAGUGAAGAGGCUUUCCAAGUCGGAUGUUCUGAUUCCUGAAGAAUUUUUGAAGCCAUUUAAAGAUGCGAUUGUGAAAGAAACAUUAGCGGGUGUUUUAAAAGUUUUUGAACAUCUCCCUGUUGAGAAUUCAUUGAGCGUUCAAGAAUUAGCAAAACAUCUCAUAAGGGAGCAAUUGUCUGGAGAUAUCAACAAUGCUGAACUUCCUCAG